GGAGAUUCAACAUUGGUUUGAAACCCGCGCCCGUAGCGAGAUGAUCGCUGAUUUUGUCUUCUGUUCCGUUUUGAACAGCAGACAGUUUCAUGUAGGAUCUGGAACACCACUUCGAAGCCGUACGAACGGCACGCAUGGGUUCUUCAGAUAAGCUUAAGGAGAUAGAGCAAAGCAAUGGGCCUCCCACAUAGCCCUCCGAACAUGCCCUUCGCACAAAUCGACGACGAGGGAAUAUCUAUCUGCUACCAGGACACUGGCGCGCCGGAUGGCUCCUCGACGUAUACCACUCUCGUUUGCACGCAUGGUGCAAUGAUCAACUCAUCUAUGUGGGAUCGCAUGGGACCGUAUGCCUCCAAAUACGGUCUGCGCAUGAUCUCGCUUAACGAGCGUGACUACGCCGGGUCUUCUCCGCACACAAAAGAAGAGCUGGCACAAAUAACGAGCCCCGACGGGGAGGUCCAAGCGCAUGCAGUGCGCAGAUCAGGAUUAGAGAUGGCCCAAUUUCUCGCAUACGUCUGUCGGGCAUUGAACGUCCCUGUCAUUUCAGGCGAGGGAGCCAAGAAGCAGGGCGGACUAGUGCUAGUCGCAUGGUCCGCAAGUGGCAUUGCAGCUCUAUCCAUGCUAGGAGAUCCUCGGACAAUGGGAAGCGAUCUGACGGCUACGCUGGCUCCUUACCUGCGCAAGGUCAUCCUUCAUGAUCCACCGUCAGUUGUAUUUGGCGAAACACCUGACCUGGGCAUCCCCUGGCCUGUCACCGAUCCCACAAUCCCACCCGAACGGAUCCCGGAUGCAAUCAUCGACUGGGUAUCUUCAUCCUUCUCUCCUGUGCCAGAAGGAGUCCCCAUCACAGCCGAAUCAUUGCGCGAGCAUCAUGCAGUCCUUCCGGGCACGCCGACGCUCCGUGCCCUGUCCCCAGAGGAUUACAAGCGCAUUGUCGAACCUGGGUUUAGUGGACGCGGACUCGGUUUGAUUUUGAUGACGAACGAGGCGAUCCACCGCGCACAUGCACACCGCACAUUCUCUGAUGCGGAUGCAGUCUUGCCCGGGGUCGACAUCCUCUGUCUUUACUGCGACCAUACUCCGUGGACUAGUACCUGGGGAGCCAAAAUGUUCCAAGACUUAGCUAGCGAGGCGGCCGACCCAGGUAAGAAGAAGCGAAAAACUGCUUUCCUGAGGCUGCAGAAUGCGAACCACUUCGUGAGUCCCCUUUACUCAGUGGGGCCAAGUUUGCUGAUCCACGUGUAG